AUGAUUGGUUCCACUACUACAACAAACACAGCAGAUGAUCACCCCAAGACAAACAAGAAUGUCAAUAUGAAACCAUCAUCAUUGGACGAUGAAGGUGGUAGUGUUGGUUGUGUACUAUCAAAAUACAUUCAAGCUAUGAUUAUUGACAAGAUGGUUCAUACAAGGGAUGUUCAAUAUGAUAUCAAAGGUGUUGAUCAUUGCCAUGGAUUUCAGUACUUGACUUCACAACAAGUAUCACAUCUAAUGUUUAACAAAAGACCUAAAGAGAGUACUAGUCGACGUCGUAGUGUCGGUUCAUCAUCAUCAUCACCACCAUUUAAUACACUAGGCAAUAUUGCAUUAGUGUCUAAAUGGUGGAUGCAAGUGACCAAACAAAUAGCAUCAUCAAGUGUACACAUAGUUGGUCCAAUGAAAGAAUCAAGCUUUUCAGCUAAGGAUAGUAGUAGUAGUAGUAGUAGUAGUAGUAGUAGUAGUAGUAGUAGCGGUGGUGGUAGUGUAGAGUACCUCUAUUGGAAUAUUAUGGUUGGUCAAUUGCAACGACGACGACAACGAAGACAACGACCACCAAACUUUAAAGAGUUUGACUAUUCAAGAUUACCUCUACUAUUACCACACCUCAAAACAAUCGAUAUUGUUGGAGAGAAUAUAAACAUGCAAGCUUCACAAGCCAUCAUACAAGUAAUCAAUGCAUUCCCACACAUCCAAGUCAAUCUAAAGUUGAAUAUCACCGAUCAAACUGGGUUUGAAUGGCCUGAUAAUUCUUGUAUUAAGGGGUUGAAGCCAAACACUGUCGUCUCUCACAUAGACUCUGAUUAUCUCUAUAAUACCAAAUAUUUUCAUCAAAUGCUUGAUGAUCUCCAACCAAACCAUGUCAAUCUGCGAUUUGAUGAAGGCAAUCAUGAUGGUGGAGUUGUUCAUUUCAAUCACCCAGAUCUAUUCCAACAUCUCACCACAACUCAACACAUCAACAUUGCAUAUGAUUUUGUUGAAUUGUCACAUUUAAAAGAAUAUGUAGGCGAUGACGAUUCAUUCAAUAUUCAAUCUCUCAAAGUUGGUAUCAUUACAUGUCCUAUCGAAAAGGAACAACCGGUACACGACGUUGCCGGUCAAUAUAAUAGAGGAAUAAGUAGUUGGGCUGACCGAUACCAUGGAUGUAGUUUUUGUUGUCGAGGUGACAUAAGAACUAGUGAUGUUUUGGAGGAUUGGAAUGAGUUAUGUUCCAAUCUCGGCACCAAUUCAACAAUGAAAAAACUUUGGUUGGAAGGUCCACAUGGUGAACACCCCAUGUUUAACAAGUCAAACAAAGAAAGAAAAGAAAAAGAAAAAAGGCGGAGGGCAGAGCAAAGAAAAAGAGGCAGCAAAAGUGGAGGUGAACCAGAGGAAGAAGAAGAAGAAGUAAUAGUUUCAUUGGAAAGAUUAUCAUCUCGAUUUGUACCAAUUUGGGAAACAAACAAAAGCAUUAAACUUUUAGGCCUAUCAAAGCUUCCAAAGAUCAUUUCACCACAAUUUUUCAAUUCUUUGUGUCACAACCAACACAUUACAACAUUAAUAUUGACAGAUGGUACAUUGGUUAAAGAAUACAUUCCAUCAUUCUCUCAAUUAUUGAUUACGAAUCAUACAAUCAAAGCACUAGAUAUCAGUCAAAACUAUUUGGAGCAUAGUGCAGAGUUGGACAAGGCAUUCAAACAAAACCAAUCAAUCAAAGUAUUAAACAUUUCAGAAAAUGAAUUUACAUCAGAUAUAUUUGAUUCAUUCUUGGAGAGUGAUACGAUCGAAUAUUUAAUAAUUGAUGAAACAUUGGCAAAGACCCAUCAUCAACACCGAUAUUUUAAUCAAUCAAAAUCAUUAAUCAAGAGAUUUUGUGUUGGUGCUAUUGACAAAAAACCUCUCCGUUUCUAUUUUAAACCUUCACUUCUUUUAGAAGAUUAA